GGAGCACAAAAGCAAGAACUGGUGUUUAGUGUUGGCUGUUGUGUAGAACUGUGUUUAACAGAGUAAAAGUCAUUUUUGAUUGCCAGGAAACGCUGUGAUCGCCCUUGUUUUGCUUUGUGUGAAGGGGCUGAACUUCUGUGAGUUCCUGUUUGAAAUUUAUAGCUAAACCACCUUGCCAAAGGCCCAUUGCUUUCUAUUUAUAUGGCAUAUAUAAUUAGUGGAUAUUUGAAUAUAUUAGAAGGAUCAAUUAUUAUAAAUAAGACAACUUAAAGUGUGGUCUAGUGUAUCUCAAGAAGAGAACUACAGUGUGUCCAGUCAUGACCAAAGAGGUUGAAAGAGGAAAGGAGAUCUCUGUGUUAGUUGAACAGGCAUUUCCUACCUGUAUUUUGGUUUCAUACAAAGAAGAAGGAAAGACAUUCAGGGGUGUUCUCUUACAUGAAACAAGCCACACUGUGACCAGAGCCACAGUAUCCAAAGCCAUCAACAACGAUGAUGACAGCCCCUCAAACCUGUGCCUGACAGCAGCUCGGGCGGUAACCUGCGAGUCAGACGAACUGCCGAUGCCUGCAUCUCGGGUUAGCACCCGCAGCUCAAGAAUGCUUUCGCAAGAUCAACGUGACGCAGAUGAAAUCAUCACACCCGUGAACAAAAUCCGAGGUUUGGUCAAAACUUUAACUCCCCGAAAACGACAGGCGGCUAAAAGAGAGGAAAGCCCAAGUCCAACCUCAGAACCUCUAAAAUCACCCCAAAUGACGCUUUUGAAGGCGGUGAAACGAAAAAGGACAAGUGCGAAUUCAAUGACCUCGCCGAAGAUGACGAAAAACGAUGAAGAUUCAAUAGACUCAAAAUUAUCUUUAGCACCCAAUUUAUCUCCACUCUUUCCCGUAUUGAAACUCAGACGUACAGCCGGAUCUGCAAAUAGUUACGUAGCGCUUCUUUCGGAAAAGAACGGCAAUUUAAAUGGACAGAAUGAUGUGAAAUCAAAUGAGAACUCUGAAACAUCACAAGACAAAACUACUCAUAAACACAACACUCGAUUCAAAGGCAAAAAGCGGUCAAAUCAAACUGAAGAAUCGGAAAUCCCGAGUAGAUCAAACGAACAGAAUGAAGAGUACUUUUCUUUACCAAACGGGGAAUCGCUGAUCGAGGUUUACACAAAGCGGCCCAGCACACCCCCGAGUAUAAACACGAUAGAGGAGAACUCUAGGGGCAAGCAUUUCAACGGCAACAAGGCUUAUGCUAAUAGAGGGGUGCAACCCCGCAAUCAUAACCAGGAGAUGAGAGUGGGAGAUGUUGUAUGGGGUAAGGUCCACGGUCACCCCUGGUGGCCGGGGCGUAUUCUGGGUAUUCUAUGUCACGCCUCUGAGAGCGAAGCUGGCUUUGUUAAGGUGGCUUGGUACGGUUCCACAACAACCUCGGAAAUAUCGUGUAGUUUCCUAGUGACAUUUCAGGAGAAUUUCAAACAGCUCUUCAAGAAACAGAAACACGGAGCUUACAGACGCGCCGUACGCGAGGCACAACAGGACUUACAGGUUAUGUCUGUUGACGGACAGGUUCAACCGGUUUAACUUGGAAUUUUUCUCAGGAGAGACAAGGUUUGCCUUCGUAUGUUGUAUGUGUUUGAAGGACAAUAUCCGUUGAAAUGGCCUCAUUUCACUCCAUAGAGAAAAAUUAAAAUGUUAAGGUUUAGAGAGUUUUUGGUAGGAUUUACACAGGUGAGACAAGUUUGGCUUUAUUUUGCAUGCUUUUCACUUCGUCAUUCACAACUUCGAAUAACCUAAUUGUCUAUGUUACAGCGGUAGUUAUACACGAGUGAUGUAGUGCUGUUCCACACAAUCAUCCACCCUUGUCGUUUACCUAAACUUGGUUUCCAUUUACUCGUGAUUGUCGUAUAAGAUGUCAAGGUGGCUGAUGUUAUAGAAUAUUUCUACAUACAUAUAUCAUUAUAUGUGUGUGCCAAUUUGAUUAUUUCAAUACAGAGAUAAAGAAAAAUCUACAUCCGGGCUAUUUCCCAUCGGUGAAAAGACUUGUUCAUGACAAUUACGACAAAACGGAAACCAUGUUUUACCUCGUUUUUUUUUCUUUUUCUGUUCUUUAUACUAGAGCACUAGAAGACAUCACCGAGAAUAAAACAUUCAUCUUUCAAAUUCAUCAGGUUUCUGAGGUACCAUUACUAAGUCAUUUGUAUGUCGUUCCAGCUUCGAGAAUGACCUUGAAAUAGAUUCAAAAAAGCAUCUUGAAUUUUGCGUGUAGCAUGAUGUAGUUAUUGUUUCUCCUAAAAAAUGUGCCGGAACCUAAUUUAAUGCGCUAAGUUUUUAAGUUCGUUUGCAUUCGAUUCGGAACGUAAAAAGUUAGACGUCUGAAACAUGCCUUAGCUAACCAGCCAAUUCCUUGUAGUAACUAGCCAUGCGGGUUUUCGUAAGCUGUGAAUUAUUAUAAAGUAGAAUAGUUGUCAAAUCUGUGUAUGUUCCUACAUAUGCGAUAGAGUGACCGCCUCUGAGGCGAAGUUGAAAUUUUUUAAUAAGCGGGUACAACAAAUUACCCGAUUUAAAUAAAAUAUGAAAUGGAGAAUUACAAUACCUGCCUGUUAAACCUUAAAUAUCAUUCAUUGUAAAUUGUGUUGUAGUUAUUUAUGACUAUUAAAAUGAUAAA